AUGUCAAAUCUAAAGUCUUCUCUAACAGUAGGGAUAUUUUAAUCACUAAGUUUUUGUGGUUUAAGAUAAAAAAUAUUAAAAAACAUUGCCUUUCAACCACCAAAAAUAAUACAACUUAAAGCACAAAUAAAACUUCUUAUUCGUUAAAAUAAAUUGAAUGCUAAUCCAGAAAUAAGAUAGAAAUCAAAAUCCUAUGAUGAUGAAAAUAUAAACUCAUUAGGUUUGAUCGAUUUAGCAGAAGAACUAAUGCAAUUUUCAAGUGGAAGUACUAGUCCUACACGCGAGGAUCCUAUAUAUCCGACUCAUGAUUUUUAUUUAAUUGAUGAGAAUGGAAAAGAGAUAAUAAUACCAAAGCAAGAAAAUUUAGAAUUGACUGGAUAUUUUUUAAAAGGCAGAAAAGGACAUAGAAUAGCAUCACUUUAUGUCAAAAGUACUUUUCCAUUGAGUGAUAUGGUGAUAUUAUUUAGCCAUGGGAAUGCAAGCGAUUUGGGUUAUAUGAUUGAUACAUUAAUUGAUUUGUGUACGAACUUGAGAAUCAAUGUCUUUGCAUACGAAUAUUCAGGUUAUGGACUAUCUUAAGGUAAAUGCACCGAUCUCAAUAUCAUUAAUAAUAUUUAAGUGGCAUAUGAUUUUUUAGUCACUUAAUUAAAAUUUGAUCCGACAAAAAUAAUUGUUUAUGGUUAUAGUAUAGGAUCUGGACCUAGUGUUAUGCUAGUUUCUGAUAAUGAAUUUCCAGUUGGUGGCCUAGUUGUUCACUCAGGUUUAAGUUCUGGAUUGAGGGUUGUAAAUAAUAAAUUGAAAUCAACUCCAUUCUAUGAUAUUUUUCCUAAUGUUGAUAGAAUCUAAAAUGUUACAUGCCCAGUUUUCAUCAUGCAUGGUUUAGAAGACGAAAUAAUCGAUUUUACAUAGGCAAAGUUAUUAGCAAAUAAUUGUUAACGACUAUAUGAACAUUGGGAAGUAGAAAACAUUGGACAUUCAGGAAUAGAUACAAAUGCUGAACAUAGAAAGAAGUAUUUCUAUAAAUUAAGAGAUUUCAUCAAAUUGAUCCAAUAGGAAAAUUAAACAAUCAAAGAACUAAAGCAGAGGAAUACUGCUAGUCCUAAGAACAGUAAGUCAUACAACCAUUAUUAUGAUAAUAAACUCAGAGAUUUUCAUUUGAUUUGUAAAAAAAUAGAAGACUCAGAUACCUUACAGAAGAAAGGAUGA